AUGGCUUCCCCCUACAACGUCCGCAAGGUCGCGGCUGCCAACACCUUCGAGCACCGCGUCUACAUUGAGAAGGAUGGCAUCCCCGUCUCGCCCUUCCACGAUAUUCCUCUGUACGCCAACGCGGAGCAGACCAUCCUGAACAUGGUUGUUGAGAUUCCUCGAUGGACCAAUGCUAAGCAGGAGAUCUCCAAGGAGGAGCUCCUCAACCCCAUCAAGCAGGACACCAAGAAGGGCAAGCUUCGCUUCGUCCGAAACUGCUUCCCCCACAAGGGCUACCUGUGGAACUACGGUGCCUUCCCCCAGACCUGGGAGGACCCCAACUCCAUCCACCCCGAGACCAAGGCCAAGGGCGACAACGACCCUCUCGAUGUUUGCGAGAUCGGCGAGCUCGUCGGCUACACUGGUCAGGUGAAGCAGGUCAAGGUUCUCGGUGUCAUGGCCCUUCUCGACGAGGAGGAGACUGACUGGAAGGUCAUUGUCAUUGACAUCAACGACCCUCUGGCUUCCAAGCUCAACGACGUUGAGGAUGUUGAGCGACACCUGCCUGGUCUCCUCCGAGCCACCAAUGAGUGGUUCCGCAUCUACAAGAUUCCCGACGGCAAGCCCGAGAACCAGUUCGCCUUCACCGGCGAGUGCAAGAACAAGAGCUACGCCAUGGAGGUUGUCCGUGAGUGUGCUGAGGCUUGGGAGCGCCUGAUCACCGGCAAGACCCCUGCCGGCGGCAUCGCCCUCACCAACACCAACGUUCCCCAGUCUCCUUCCCGCGUGGACCCCAGCCAGCUCCCUCCUCUGCCCCCUCAUGAGGAGCUUCCCGCCGAGAAGAUUGACGCCUCUAUUGACAAGUGGUUCUUCAUCAGCGGUGCCUCCGCUUAA